GCUCCCUCACAAGACUACCUCUCUCAUCGUUGCUGCAACACACUCCUCAUCUCUCGCAGAACCACUUCCUCGCCUCGUUUUCAUCACACCCAUAUUUCUGCAAGAUCAUCAUCUCCAAGAUGGCAUAUGUCGACGCCUCCCUCCCUGCUCCGCAGAUCUCUCCUGCUUCUGCCCUCGCAGAGCUUCCCGCGGGAUUCCCAUCCUAUCUGGACAGCAAGCUAGCCUUCACUGGUGCCGACUACGCGGACGAGAGCAAAUAUGUCUACCAGCUGACGGAGCCGGAUAUCGCCGAGAUUAACGCUGCUCUCCAGCACUUCAAGUCCCUCGAGCUGAGCGGAAGCAAGGUCUCCCGGGAGACGUUCCCAUUGGGUGUCCUGGGCCGGGUGCUCGACAGCCUCUCAGAGGAGCUGCACGAGGGCAGGGGAUUCGGCCUAGUCCGUGGCCUAGACCCCAAGAACUAUUCGGUCGAGGAUCUCACGCUGGCGUAUCUGGGCGUCCAGUCGUAUGUGGCCGAUCAGCGCGGCCGUCAGGAUUCGAAGGGAAACAUGCUGGUCCACGUCGUCGAGGACAAGUCCAGCGAGACGACCAAUAACCAUCACCGCCACUCGAACAAGUCGAUCACAUUCCACAACGAGGAGGACGGCGACGUCAUCGGCUGGCUGACGCGCGGGCAGGCCUCCGAGGGCGGCAGCUGCGUCAUCUCGUCGUGCUAUGCCAUCUACAACCUCGUCGCGUCGACGCGCCCGGACCUCAUCGCCGCGCUGGCCUCGCCCUUCACCUUUGCGAUCCCGCGCCUCGAGACGCGCCCCGCGCUCUUCGUGGAAGGCGGCAGGCUCAUCGUCAACUUUGGCCGCACCCCGCUCCUGGGCAGCGCCGCGCACCCGCGGGACGAGCGCCUGCCCAAGCCGACGGACCAGCAGCUGGCGGCGCUCGACGUGGUGGAGGAGAUUGCGCACCGCAUCGAGCUGCGCAUCGCGACGCGCCCGGGCGACAUGCACUUCAUCAACAACCUGGCCGUCCUGCACCGCCGCGACGCCUUCGAGAACGGCGGGAACAAGCGCCACCUGGUUCGCGUCCGCUGCCGGAGCAGCCGUCUGGGCUGGGCCAUCCCCAAGGAGCUGAAGGCGGCCUGGGACGGCGCCUUUGGACCCAGCGUCCGCAGCGAGUCCUGGAACCUCGAGCCCCGCCAGGGCAUGUACUUUCCUCUGCGCGACAGGCCCAACUAGAGGAGGACUAGUCGCGAGCGAGCGCCGCCCCCCUUGCCGACGCUCACUUACCCCAAAGGAGCUAACUCG